AUGGGAUUGGGAAAACGACUUCCCGAAUUCAUCACCGGCAGCUCUGCCAACAAAUUCACAGUCACGGCGGCGGCCGCUUUCAUCGCCCUUUCUCUUGUUCUCAUCGCCACCGUUUGUUCUCCGAUCUCUUACUUUCCCCUGAAAUUCGCCCUUUCGGGCUCGACGCCACCGGAACAAACCUGCGAAAGCCGGGAACAGAGGAGCUCUUACCUCAAGCACCGAACCCCCGAACUGCCUCCCUAUCUACUCUCCAAGCUCCAAGCGUACGAACGCCGCCACCGCCGCUGCGGCCCGCUCUCGGAAUCGUUCAACACGACUUCACCCCUCGGAACCCACAACGAUUCCGCCGGAGGCGACUGCAAAUUCGUCGUCUACACGCCUUCGCAGGGGCUGGGGAACCGGAUCCUGGGUCUCACCUCGACUUUCCUCUUCGCUCUGCUCACGGAUCGGGUCCUUCUCGUCGAUUUCAGCGCCGACAUGGGCGAACUCUUCUGCGAGCCGUUCCCCAAUUCGACCUGGCUCUUGCCCGGAAACUUCCCCUUCAAGUCCGAUCUCUACGGCGGCUGGUUCAGGGACGUCUACAGCUACGGGAAAUUGCUGGAGAAGAAGGAAAAGACUGCGUCCGACUCUUCUUCUUCCUCUUCGCCGAAUUCAACCCUCCUGCAGAUCUUCCUCGACGAUAAGUACAGCGAAUACGACAAGCUCUUCUUCAAAGACGAGAAUCAAGGGUUUCUCGAGAAAAUCCCAUGGCUGGUUCUGAUUUCGGAUGGGUAUUUCAUCCCCUGCCUGUUCCAGAUGCAGACUUUCAGGUCAGAACUGGAGAAAUUGUUCCCCAACAACAAGUCCACCGUCUUCCACCAAUUGGGGAAUUACCUACUCGCCCCUUCCAAUCAAGCCUGGUCGCUCAUCACCAAAUUCUACGACGCCCACCUGGCGAAAGCAGAGCAGAGAAUCGGAAUCCAGAUCAGGGUUUUCGACCCUCAAGCAACCCCGACUCCAGUCGUCAUGAAACAGAUACUCUCCUGCACUGAAACACGAAGAAUCCUGCCUCGAUCUCGACAAUCCAACGAGACAUCAAAAGCUGUGCUCGUAGCGUCGCUGUCGAGCGAAUUCUACGAAGGAAUCAAGAACAGGUACGGUGGUCGUAGUGGUGGUGGUGAAAUUGGAGUUUACCAGGCGAGCCACGAGGAGACACAGCAGUCUUACAAGAGCUCGCACAACAUGAAGGCGUGGGCGGACAUGUAUCUGCUGAGCAUGAGCGAUGUGUUGGUGACUAGCGGAAUGUCGACGUUCGGGUAUGUGGCGGCGGGGAUCGGCGGGGUGAGGCCGUGGAUUGUGACGUUUCCUGAUCCGAAGGACCAUCCUGAUGUUCCUGGAUGGGCGGCGGUUUGUGAAAGGGCGGUUAAUGUGGAGCCGUGUUUCCAUUUCCCGCCGUGGUUUGCUUAUCCUGAUGAGCAAGGGACGGCGAGCGGCGGUGCUGGACUUGUGAAUCGGUGUGAAGAUGUGCCUUGGGGGCUCAAGCUUGUAGAUGGACUGAAUAAAACAGAGUUAUAG